UGUUCCUGCUGGACGAGAGCAGUGCCUGCCGGGUUGAUGCAGAUUUGGUCCACCUUGCCCAAGUUGACACUCUUCCCCAAGAUCUUGGGUGGUGGUGGUGGUAGCUGGCCGUGUUGGUGCGGCUCGUGGCCGCGUCGGGCUUAUAGCUCCAACUUGAUUGAGGGCAGGGACCUCCCACCCUACCCGGCUGCGUCAUCGCGCAAAGACGCCCAACAAACUCAAGGCGGGCUCUCUGUUCGGCAGGAAGGCACACGCGCGUGCUCCGCUAUAUCGUCCUGCAAGCCUGUCCGGCUGCGAUCUCACGACGCUUUGCUGUGGCAAGCCAAUGCACCGCCCAGCUCAUGGGUUACCAAGCCUCUGGAUCAGCGAGCGACUGCAAAGCCGCAGACCUGUUCGGCCCAACCGUACAUGAGUGUGGGCAGAGCCGUGGGGCGUAAGCUUUAGGUAGCAAGCAGCCACCUUCAUCUUUUGCGUGUCCAGGGUGCUCAUCGAGCCAUCGCGCAAGGCUGCUGUGACCACACGCCAUGGCUGACUUGGCCCUUGAAGAUGGUGUGGUUGAGGUCGAGCUGGACCGCGAUCCAGAGCUAGGCUUUGGGUUCAGCAUUGCUGGUGGCGUGUACGAUGACCACGGACAGUCGGUGCCUGUGGUCAUCUCCAAGGUCAAGGAGGGCGGCCCGGCGGAUCGAUCGGGCAAGUUUGUUGUUGGCAGCCGCGUUGUGAGCAUCAAUGGCAACAAGACCGAUGGCGUAAUGCACGAUGUCGUCGUCAACCUCUUGCGCCUCGCCGGCACCCACCUGAAAUUGCGCUUGAAGGAGACUCGCAUUGAUUGGUCCAUCGCUGCCGCUCCCACAGCGGGUGCUUCCGCGCACCUUCCUGUCCGCAACGACGCGGCUGCCCGCAUCCACCUGCCCGUGGCGUUUGAGCGCGUGCAAAUGCUGUACAACUUCAAUGGCCGCUCAAACGACGAAUUGGUGGUUAAGAAAGGUGAUAUCAUCCAUGUGCAAGGCCGCAGUGCCGAUGGUUGGUGUACCGGCGAGUGCCAACGCACUGGCCAAAGCGGCCUCUUUCCAGCUACCUAUGCCAUGCGCCUGCGCCACGAUCCCAGGGUCAUUGAAUCGAUCUACUCGGAUCUGGAAACCUAUCAAAGCCUCGGUAGUGUGAGCGGCUCGGACUCACUAUAUGAGCACCUGCCCGAGGAACAGCAGCUUUCUCCCUCACCACAAGCCAGCCACACCGACUAUGGCGUCUCCUUGGCCGCCACCCCAGACCUGUCAGAUGGUGACGGUCACUACAGUCGUGUCCCUGCAAGAAGAUCCACCGCUGCGGGCAACCACAUUGAUGUCUUGUAUGCUUCGGUUGAUCGCAAGGCCCUGGUGGUCAACGGCGACGUGUACUCUGCCGUUCAGCGAGGUGGCGAUGAUCCCGUCUACUCACGCCUCAGCGCAGCAGACGAGGAACAUUAUGCUUCACUCUCACGGCAUCGACGGAGCAUCUCCAUCCGGCCCGACGACGCUCCUUAUGCCCACUUUCCGGGAGACAAAGCGGAAGUGCUCUAUGAGGGGUUGCCCGAGGAGAAAAUCGUAACCAGCAAUGACGCACCCCCGAUCCCCGAGCGACGGUAUGACGUCGAGGAGAUGAUGAAGCCUAUGAUCGAGUUGACCAUUGACGAGGGUGCACCCACGGACGCAGAAGACUACGAGCAGCUGCCCAAUGACUUGCCCCGCGCACAAGCACAGGAGGAUUUGUACGAGGAUUUGCCCGAGCUCACGAGCGAGGCAAAACCUGCCGCGCCGGCCUUGCCAGAUCGCCCCUCGGCCCGAGGUAGCAGCCCAUUACCACCACCCAGCCAAGACCCUUCCCCGUCAUCAGGAUCCGAUUUCCCGCCCCCAGAGGCCCUGAACAAGUCGGCGCAACGUUCGCUACGAAAGCAAGAAGAAAAGGAUCGCAAGCAAAAGGAAAAAGAACGCAAGAAAGCCGAAAAACAAUACAACAAGGAACUGAAACUGCUUGAGCGGCAGCGUCGCAAAACGGAGCGCCAGGCGCGCAAGCGUCAGGGCAAACCUGAUCGUCCUUCCGUCGACUCGACAGCCUCGGGUGCCAUGACACCUUCCUCGAGUGCAACCAGCAAUCGCGGGACCCCCAUCCCGCCCCCAUCUCCUUGA